GUCCAUUAUGUCGCCAACCCCCCGGAGAAACAUGUCGCAUUGGUCCUUAAUGUUACAUAUACGAUAGAGAGCUAUGUAUAAAAAGCGAGGGCCGCGAGCCUCUUGUCGUCAUUAGUCCAGCUCCUGUACCAAGUCAGUCCCGAAUAUUCAAACGUGUCACCGAUCCUUCAUAAUGCGCCUCGGCUUCGUGCUGCUUUCAAUCGUGUCGGUAGUGUGUGCAGUCCCAGCAGUCUCCGCCGGCCUUGCUGUUGUCUCGAACAAUUCCACGGACCUAUUCUACCUGUGGUCAGUCGGUGACACCAUAGGUAGCAGAUAUACAAUUGUGCCUUCUGGGGGUACCUACUACGAACCUCUGCAUCGCGACUCUAAAUCUGGAGGCAUCGCGCUCAAAAUGACAAAGACACCAAACGGACUUUUCGACGGAUCACCGCAGCAGAUAUUCGCGUACAACCUUGAUGGGAACACAACCUGGUACGACCUCAGUACUGUAUUUGGGGAGCCCUUCAAGGGAAACCAGUUGGAGGUAAUAAGCGACACGGGGGAGAGUAUCAUUUGGCCAUCCGGCACACACCCAGGAGGGAGUCAAGUAAAGUCAACGAAAAGCACCGACAAUAUUUUUUUCUUUGUCCACUCUUCCAAAUGAUUACCGAAGACAGUCUUGCAGGGUGUGGUGUGAGGUGUGAGAGGUCACGGUCUGUGAAUAGAUGAAGCUGCAUUUGGAAUUCUGGCUGGGCAAAUAAUGUCUGGUAAUGUGAUCCAGGAGACCAGAAAAUUUUGUGGUGAACCUGAGUAGCUUCAGUAGUCUCUGCAUUCGCGGGAGAAGAUGGUGGUUGCAUCAUAUCACACGGGGAUGGGUUGAUGAACUGUUGUACGUGCGGACGACCGCCGAGCUGGAGGUUAAAACGAUACCGGGGCCAAACUUGCAGCCUUACAAAUUCACCGCGUGUAAUCAAUAGCUCUAAGAACUGCUUUAGGCAUUCCUAGGUUGUUGUUAAUAUUACAGAGACUCUAG